GGUCCCCCCGCGGCCGCUUCGGGAGCUCUCUAUCUCGGUCGCUCGAGGUCCCUAAUGUGAGAGGGUAGACCCCGAUCAUGGAGGUGCUCCAGUGUGAUGGCUGUGACUUCAGGGCCCCAUCUUACGAAGAUCUCAAGGCGCACAUUCAGGAUGUCCACACGGCAUUUCUGCAGCCAACUGAUGUUGCCGAAGACAGUGCUAAUGAUCCACGAUCCGGGUCCAUGAAUGCCAGUAAUCAGACUGAGGUGGAGUUUUCGUCGAUAAAGGAUGAAUUUGUGAUUGCAGAGGAUUUAUCAGGUCAAAAUGCAACGGCAUUGGGGACCGGAAGUUACUAUGGCCACAGUCCAGGAUAUUAUGGUCAGCACAUUGCCCCUAGUCCCAAACCAACAAACAAGUUUUUUCAAUGCAAGUUCUGCGUACGCUACUUCAGGUCAAAAAACCUCCUCAUUGAACACACUAGGAAGGUCCACGGGGCUCAAGCUGAAGGGAGUUCGGCGGGACCCCCUGCCCCGGGGUCCUUCAAUUAUAAUAUCAUGAUGCAUGAGGGAUUUGGAAAGGUCUUCUCUUGCCAGUUUUGCACAUACAAGUCACCAAGGAGGGCGAGAAUAAUGAAGCAUCAGAAGAUGUAUCAUAAAAACAAUUUGAAGGAGAUCGCUGCUCCCCCUCCUGCCCCUGCUCCCCUGCCAGACCCUGUGGUCCCGCCCGUGUCCCUGCAGGACCCCUGCAAGGAACUGCCUGCAGAGGUCGUGGAGCGCAGCAUCUUAGAAUCUAUGGUCAAGCCUUUGACCAAGUCUCGAGGCAACUUUUGCUGUGAGUGGUGCAGCUACCAGACCCCGCGCCGAGAACGCUGGUGUGACCACAUGAUGAAGAAGCACCGCAGUAUGGUCAAGAUCCUCUCCAGUCUCAGACAGCAGCAGGAAGGUACGAAUCUACCCGACGCGCAGAACAAGAGCGCCUCCAGCCCCACUUCCAACUCCACCUAUUUGUCCAUGAAUGCUGCAAGCCGGGAGAUGCCCAAUGCCAACGUCUCCAACUUCAGGGGCUCCAUCAGCAACUCCAUCAUGAGACCCAAUUCUUCUUCAGCUUCCAAGUUUUCGCCCAUGUCUUACCCUCAGAUGAAGCCGAAGUCACCUCACAAUUCUGGCCUUGUUAACUUGGCAGAGAGAUCCCGUUACGGAAUGGCUGACAUGACCAAUUCUCCUGCCGACCUGGAAACGAACAGCAUGCUGAAUGACUCUAGUUCUGAUGAAGAGCUCAAUGAAAUAGACAGUGAGAAUGGUCUAAACGCCAUGGAUCACCAGACAUCAGGCAUGUCUGCGGAGCAGCUGAUGGGCUCGGAUGGCAACAAAUUAUUGGAGACCAAGGGGAUUCCCUUUAGACGAUUUAUGAACAGGUUCCAGUGCCCCUUUUGCCCUUUCCUCACCAUGCAUCGACGCAGUAUCUCCCGCCACAUAGAAAACAUUCACUUAUCUGGAAAGACAGCUGUCUACAAAUGUGACGAAUGUCCGUUUACUUGCAAGAGCUCAUUAAAACUGGGGGCUCACAAACAGUGUCACACGGGUACAACGUCAGAUUGGGAUGCUGUGAAUUCCCAGAGUGAAAGCAUUUCUUCCUCACUGAAUGAAGGUGUCGUGUCUUACGAGAGCUCAAGCAUCAAUGGUAGGAAGUCAGGAGUUAUGUUGGAUUCUUUGCAGCAGCAGCAACAGCCACCGCCACCGCCACCGCCGCCACCACCACCUCCAUCACAGCCUCAACCGCCACAGCUACAGCCACCACAUCCGUUGCCGUCCCAGCCCCAGCCCCCGCCGACGCAGCAACCACAGCCCCCCGUGCAAGCCCCACCUCUGCACCCAUACAAAUGCACCAUGUGUAAUUAUUCCACCACGACUCUGAAAGGGCUAAGAGUCCAUCAGCAGCACAAACACUCGUUCUGCGAUAACUUGCCAAAAUUCGAGGGGCAGCCCUCCAGCCUACCAUUGGAAAGUGAGACGGACAGCCACCCCUCUUCCAGCAACACUGUGAAGAAAAGUCAGACCUCAAUUCUUGGGUUGUCCUCCAAGAACAAUUUUGUAGCUAAGGCCUCCAGGAAGCUCGCUAAUGACUUCCCUUUAGAUUUAUCGCCCGUGAAGAAGAGGACUAGGAUUGAUGAGAUCGCAAGCAACCUGCAGAGCAAAAUUAACCAGACCAAACAGCAGGAGGAUGCGGUGAUCAAUGUCGAGGAUGACGAGGAGGAAGAGGAAGACAAUGAAGUCGAGAUAGAGGUUGAGUUGGACCGGGAAGAAGAGCCCGCAGAGCCAGUCAUGGAGGUGCCCACGCCCUUCUCAGCCCAGCAGAUUUGGGUGAGAGAUGCCAGUGAGCCCCAGAAGGAGCCCAACUUCAGAAAUGUCACCCACGAUUACAACGCCACCAAUGGGGCUGAGAUUGAGCUCACCCUUUCUGAAGAUGAAGAGGAUUAUUACGGCUCCUCCACAAAUUUGAAAGAUCACCAAGUUUCCAGUACGGCUCUGCUGAACGCCCAGGCUCCUCUCUAUGGAACCGAGCACAAUAGUGAAAACACAGACUUUAGUGACUCUGGACGGCUUUACUAUUGCAAACACUGUGACUUUAACAACAAAUCUGCCCGGAGUGUGAGCACCCACUAUCAGCGAAUGCACCCGUACAUUAAAUUCAGCUUUAGGUACAUCUUGGACCCCAACGAUCACAGUGCGGUGUACAGGUGCCUGGAAUGCUACAUCGACUACACCAACUUUGAAGAUCUGCAGCAGCAUUACGGGGAACACCACCCAGAAGCCAUGAAUGUCCUCAACUUUGACCACUCGGACCUGAUCUACCGGUGUCGGUUUUGUUCCUACACGAGCCCGAAUGUUAGAAGCCUGAUGCCACACUACCAAAGAAUGCAUCCCACGGUGAAGAUUAACAACGCCAUGAUAUUUUCAAGCUAUGUCGUGGAGCAGCAGGAAGGGCUGAACACGGAGUCCCAGACGCUGCGGGAGAUUCUGAAUUCGGCGCCCAAGAACAUGGCGACGUCCACUCCCGUGGCUCGCGGCGGUGGUCUGCCAGCCACGUUUAACAAAAACACUCCUUCAAAGACCUUCACUCCAGAAUGUGAAAAUCAGAAGGACCCCUCUGUGAACACCGUGGUCGUGUACGACUGUGACGUUUGCUCGUUCGCAAGCCCCAACAUGCAUUCUGUCUUGGUUCAUUAUCAGAAGAAACACCCUGAAGAAAAGGCUUCCUACUUUAGGAUCCAGAAAACCAUGCGAAUGGUGUCUGUGGACAGGGGCUCUGCCCUUUCUCAAUUAUCAUUUGAGGUGGGUGCUCCAAUGUCUCCCAAAAUGUCCAACAUGGGUUCCCCACCCCCCCCACAACCCCCGCCACCAGACCUCAGUACUGAGCUUUACUACUGCAAACACUGUUCCUACAGCAAUCGGUCAGUUGUGGGCGUGCUUGUCCACUACCAGAAAAGACACCCAGAGAUAAAGGUUACUGCCAAAUAUAUCAGGCAGGCUCCUCCCACAGCUGCAAUGAUGAGAGGGGCCGAGGGACCCCAAGGCUCCCCUCGGCCACCCGCCCCCAUGCAACCGCUGAACCGAAGCUGUUCCGAGAGAGAUGGCCCCCCUGUGGAGAAUGAGAUGUUCUUUUGCCAGCACUGUGAUUAUGGGAACCGGACGGUCAAAGGGGUACUCAUUCACUACCAGAAGAAGCACCGGGACUUCAAGGCCAACGCCGACGUGAUCCGGCAGCACACGGCCACCAUCCGCAGCCUCUGUGACCGGAACCAGAAGAAGCCUGCCGGUUGCAUGCUCGUCGCCCCCUCGGGUGUAGAGCGGGACAAAACGAAGCUGCGGGCACUGAAGUGUAGGCAGUGCUCGUACACCUCCCCCUACUUCUAUGCACUGAGGAAGCAUACCAAGAAAGACCACCCUGCCCUGAAGGCCACGGUCACGUCCAUCAUGCGGUGGGCAUUUCUGGAUGGCUUGAUAGAAGCUGGCUACCACUGCGAGUGGUGCAUCUAUUCCCACACGGAGCCCAGCGGUUUGCUCCUGCAUUACCAAAGGAGGCACCCAGAGCAUUACGUGGACUAUACUUACAUGGCUACCAAACUCUGGGCGGGGCCGGACCCAUCCCCUCCCUCUCUCAUGAUGCCAGCUGAAGCCAAAACGUACCGAUGCCGAGACUGUGUUUUUGAAGCCGUCUCCAUCUGGGACAUCACCAAUCACUACCAAGCGUUCCAUCCCUGGGCCAUGAAUGGUGAUGAGUCGGUGCUGCUGGACAUCAUCAAGGAGAAAGACGCUGAGAAUCCCAUCUCUUCGUCCGAAGAGCUGGUGGGCCCCGUGAGUUGCGAAAGCAGUAUGCCCGCUCCCCUCCCUGAGCAGGAAGCGGAAUGCCUCGAGGAUGCCAGGCUCUCCCCAGAGAAAAGUAUCCAGCUGUCCUCGGCCAACCCCGCCAUCUCCUCCACCCCAUACCAGUGCACAGUGUGCCAGUCUGAGUAUAACAACCUCCACGGCCUCCUUACCCAUUAUGGGAAGAAGCACCCCGGCAUGAAAGUGAAGGCUGCUGACUUCGCCCAGGACAUCGACAUCAACCCAGGGGCUGUGUACAAGUGCAGGCACUGCCCCUACAUCAACACCCGCAUCCACGGCGUCCUGACCCACUACCAGAAGCGACACCCGUCCAUCAAGGUGACCGCCGAGGACUUCGUGCAUGACGUGGAGCAGUCCGCCGACAUAGCCCAGAACGACGUGGAAGAGACCAGCAGGAUCUUCAGGCAGGGGUUCGGCGCCUACCGCUGCAAGCUGUGUCCGUACACACACGGCACGCUGGAGAAGCUCAGAAUUCACUACGAGAAGUAUCACAACCAGCCUGAAUUUGAUGUCUUUUCCCAGUCACCCCCGAAGCUGCCGGUGUCCCUCGAGCCUGAGAUAACCACUGAAGAGAGCCCCUCCCAAGUCUCCCUCACCGAGGAGGAGGUGGGAGAGGAGCCGGUGCCCACCUCUCCCUUCGCUACCUCGCAGCUGGUCGCCCACACUGUGUUCCGGUGCCAGCUCUGCAAGUACUUCUGCUCCACGAGGAAGGGCAUUGCCAGGCACUACCGCAUCAAGCACAACAACGUCCGAGCCCAGCCCGAGGGCAAGAACAACCUCUUCAGGUGCGCUCUGUGCUCCUACACCAACCCCAUCCGCAAAGGGCUGGCCGCCCACUACCAGAAGCGCCACGACAUCGAUGCCUAUUACACCCACUGCCUGGCAGCCUCCAGGACCAUCAGCGACAAGCCCAACAAGGUCAUCAUCCCGUCCCCGCCCAAGGACGACUCCCCGCAGCUCAGCGAGGAGCUCCGGCGGGCGGUGGAGAAGAAAAAGUGCUCCCUGUGCGCCUUCCAGUCCUUCAGCAAGAAGGGCAUUGUGUCCCAUUACAUGAAGCGCCACCCGGGGGUGUUCCCCAAGAAGCAGCACGCCAGCAAGCUGGGCGGCUACUUCACUGCCGUCUACGCGGAUGAGCACGAGAAGCCGAUGCUGCUGGAAGAGGAAGAGAGAGGCAGCUUUGAGAAAGCCGAGGUGGAGGGAGGAGGUGAAGCCCAGGAGCUGGAGUGGCUCCCGUUCCGCUGCAUCAAAUGCUUCAAGCUCUCCUUCAGCACCGCUGAGCUGCUGUGCAUGCAUUACACUGACCACCACAGCCGGGACCUGAGAAGGGACUUCGUCAUCCUGGGCACCGGCCCCCGCCUGCAGAACUCCGCCUACCAGUGUAAGCACUGCGAUAGCAAACUGCAGAGCACGGCAGAGCUGACCUCACACUUGAACGUUCACAAUGAGGAAUUCCAGAAGCGUGCCAAACGUCAGGAGAGGAGGAAACAGCUUUUGAGCAAGCAGAAAUAUGCAGAUGGUGCUUUUGCAGAUUUCAAACAAGAGAGGCCUUUUGGUCACUUAGAAGAGGUGCCAAAGAUCAAGGAGAGGAAGGUGGUGGGCUACAAGUGUAAGUUCUGUGUGGAAGUGCACCCGACGCUCCGAGCCAUCUGCAAUCACCUGCGGAAGCACGUCCAGUACGGCAGCGUCCCCGCCGUGUCCGCCGUGAAGGGGCUGCGUUCUCAUGAGAGGAGCCAUCUGGCCCUGGCCAUGUUUACCCGCGAGGACAAGUACAGCUGCCAGUAUUGCUCCUUUGUUUCUGCUUUCAGGCACAAUUUGGAUCGCCAUAUGCAAACCCACCACGGACACCAUAAACCAUUCCGAUGCAAACUCUGCUCCUUCAAGUCCUCCUAUAACAGCCGGCUGAAAACACACAUACUCAAAGCUCAUGCUGGUGAACAUGCCUACAAGUGUUCUUGGUGCUCAUUUUCCACCAUGACAAUCAGCCAGUUAAAGGAACACUCCCUCAAGGUCCACGGAAAAGCCCUGACCCUCCCCAGGCCACGGAUCGUCAGCCUGCUGUCCCACACCCACCACCCCUCGCAGAAGGCAGCCCCGGCCGAGGAAGUGGAAGACUCCAAUGACUCGUCCUACUCCGAGCCUCCCGACGUGCAGCAGCAGCUGAACCACUACCAGUCCGCUGCCCUGGCGAGGAACAACAGCCGCGUCAGCCCUGUGCCCCUUUCUGGAGCUGCUGGGGCCGCCGAGCAGAAAACCGAAGCUGUUCUUCACUGCGAAUUCUGUGAAUUCUCCUCUGGCUACAUCCAGAGCAUCCGGCGCCAUUACAGGGACAAGCACGGUGGCAAGAAGCUCUUCAAGUGCAAAGACUGCACUUUUUACACAGGCUUUAAGUCCGCCUUUACUAUGCACGUGGAGGCCGGGCACUCGGCCGUCCCGGAGGAGGGCCCCAAAGACCUGCGCUGUCCGCUCUGCCUCUAUCACACCAAAUACAAGCGCAACAUGAUCGACCACAUCGUGCUGCACCGAGAAGAGCGCGUUGUCCCCAUUGAAGUGUGCCGUUCCAAACUGUCAAAAUACUUGCAGGGAGUCGUUUUCCGCUGUGAUAAGUGUACCUUCACCUGCUCCAGUGACGAGAGCCUUCAGCAGCACAUAGAAAAGCACAAUGAGCUGAAACCUUACAAAUGCCAACUCUGCUACUAUGAGACCAAGCACACGGAGGAGCUGGACAGCCACCUUCGGGACGAACAUAAGGUGAGCCGGAACUUUGAGCUGGUCGGGCGGGUGAACUUGGAUCAGCUGGAGCAGAUGAAGGACAAGCUGGAGAGCUGCAGCAGCGAGGACGAGGACAAGGAGGACGAGAUGAGCAGCAAGGCUGAUGACAGAGAUCUGAUGGGAUUUGCAGACCGCGGGGCUGCCAUUAACACUCAGAAGCGCUUUCCAUGUGAAUUCUGUGGACGGGCGUUUGCGCAGGGCUCUGAGUGGGAAAGGCACGUGCUGAGACACGGCAUGGCGCUGAAUGACACCAAGUCAGUGAGCAGAGAAGAAAUCCACCUAAAAGAGAGUGUGCAGGACAGUAUCCAGAUGCCCUCUAUAGAGGAAAAGGAAGAUGACGAGGCAAUCGGGCUAGACUUUCCCCUAAAGAGCGAGACAGUAGCCAUCUGUGUAGUAGCUGCUGACAGAUCUCUCCUGGAGAAUGCAGAGGCCAAAAAGGAAUAAGCGUUGGGUGAAGUUCUGAGUCACCCCUUACUUGAACCGUGAUGAAAAGUGGGCGGGCCAGCUUGGGCUGACAAGUGGGGGACAGAAAAGAGAAGACAGAACAAAGCUGCUUUUUAGGACUGAACAAUCUAUUUUCAAAGCACUGGUACCUGUGUGAGUGAGUAUAUAAAUUAAAGUUAUUUAAAUGGUUGGAAUAUGUGGCUCCUUUUCCAUCACUACGUCUUUCCUUCCGGAUCUUCAUCGUGGAAGUCUCGUUUGUCGCGGAAUAGAAGCACCUCCCAGGCGCGGCGUGCUCCGGGGUGGUCUCGGACAGUCUGUGGGAACAGAAGCUCCGUGGCCGUGGAAGACUUCUUAGGGGAACAACUUUUUUGACGCACAACUUUCAGCGCGUUUUUCUAGUUUUAAUACCUUAAGCUUUUUCAAGACCUAACUGCAGCCGCUUUGGGAAAAAAAAACAAACAAAAAAAACGAAACAAAACAAAAAAACAACAAAAAUACAAAAACAGAAAACAAAAAAA